CGCUGGGGCCCAGUGCUCCGCGCUCGCAGUCGGCAGCGCCGCCAGCGCCGUCCGUGCUCGCUUGGCGCCCGCGGGGCCCGAGGCCGGUCCGGGGAAGGGGCGAGGGCGGCGCCCAGGCGCCCGCCGCACGGGAGGCAGGAUGAGCAUCGAGAUCCCGGCGGGACUGACGGAGCUGCUGCAGGGCUUCACGGUGGAGGUGCUGAGGCAUCAGCCGGCGGACCUGCUAGAGUUCGCGCUGCAGCACUUCACGCGCCUGCAGCAGGAGAACGAACGCAAAGGCGCCGCGCGCUCGGGCCAUGAGGGCAGGACCUGGGGGGACGCGAGCGCCGCCGCCGGGGGCGGCACCCCCAGCAAAGGGGUCAACUUCGCAGAGGAGCCCAUGCACACAGACUCCGAGGACGGAGAACAGGAGGAGGAGGAGGCCGCCGACACCGGGGCGUUCAACGCUCCAGUAAUAAACCGAUUCACGAGGCGUGCCUCAGUAUGUGCAGAAGCUUAUAACCCUGAUGAGGAAGAAGAUGAUGCAGAGUCCCGGAUUAUACAUCCAAAAACUGAUGAUCAAAGGAAUCGAUUGCAAGAGGCUUGCAAAGACAUCUUGCUGUUUAAGAACCUGGAUCCGGAGCAGAUGUCUCAAGUAUUAGAUGCUAUGUUUGAGAAAUUGGUCAAAGAAGGGGAACAUGUAAUUGAUCAAGGUGAUGAUGGUGACAACUUUUACGUAAUCGAUAGAGGAACAUUUGAUAUUUAUGUAAAAUGUGAUGGUGUUGGAAGGUGCGUGGGUAACUACGAUAAUCGUGGGAGUUUUGGCGAACUGGCCUUAAUGUACAAUACACCCAGAGCUGCUACAAUCACGGCUACCUCUCCUGGUGCUCUGUGGGGUUUGGACAGGGUAACCUUCAGGAGAAUAAUUGUGAAAAAUAAUGCCAAAAAGAGAAAAAUGUAUGAAAGCUUUAUCGAGUCACUGCCAUUUCUUAAAUCUUUGGAAGUUUCUGAGCGCCUAAAAGUGGUAGAUGUGAUAGGCACCAAAGUAUACAAUGAUGGAGAACAAAUCAUUGCUCAGGGAGAUUUGGCUGAUUCUUUUUUCAUUGUAGAAUCUGGAGAAGUGAAAAUUACUAUGAAAAGGAAGGGUAAAUCAGAAGUGGAAGAGAACGGCGCAGUGGAAAUCGCUCGGUGUUCUCGGGGACAGUACUUUGGAGAACUUGCCCUGGUGACUAACAAGCCUCGAGCAGCCUCUGCACAUGCCAUUGGGACUGUCAAAUGUUUAGCCAUGGAUGUGCAAGCAUUUGAAAGGCUUUUGGGACCUUGUAUGGAAAUUAUGAAAAGGAACAUCACCACCUAUGAAGAACAAUUAGUUGCCCUGUUUGGAACAAACAUGGAUAUUGUUGAACCCACUGCAUGAAGCAAAAGUAUGGAGCAAGAAGACCUAUAGUGACAAAAUUACACAGUAGUGGUUAGUCCACUGAGAAUGUGUUUGUGUAGAUGCCAAGCAUUUUCUGUGAUUUCAGAUUUUUUUCCUUUUUUACAUUUACAAUGUAUAGUAAACAGAGUAGUGAUUCAAUAGGAAAUAGGCUUUAACAUCACUUUCUAAAGAGUAGAUCAUGAAAAUAUCGACAUAUUGAUAAAAAUGAUUUUCUACUCCACAAAGUUAUGUGACUAAAAGGUUCAUUCAAAUGAUUGUAAUACACUGAAAGUAUGUGUUUAAGGAGAUAAUUAAAGGAUGUUAUCAUCACAGAGGAUAAGUGUUCAUUUUAACUUAACUCAGAUUGAUACGUUAGUGACUGCCCAUGUAAGAGGGAACUUGGCAGUGAAUCAUGCUAUACAGCAUGGCAUCACGUUCUUUUUACAACUCAUUAUAUAUAUAGUAAGUACAAUUUUAACUAUUUUUGUUUUCAAGUUUUUCUGGCUUGAUAAGUUAUGUGCUGGCCUUGGCCUGUUGGUGAAAUGGUAUAAAACAUCAUAUGCAAUUCUAAAACCUUUUCUAUUUUUGCAAUAAAGUACAUUUUGACUUCUUUGGCAUAAUGUCAGUAACCUACAUAUUCCAGUGGUUUUAAGGAUGGGCAAUUUAGUCAUUGUAAUAGGGAACAGUCUUUUUUCAUGGGAGAUCAUUAACACUUCUUCCUCAUAAAGCAUAUAUCUCUGCUUCCUUUUUCAUUUGCAAUUCUCUGUAUUCCUUAAAAAUGUGAGUUUGACAUUUAAUGCCACAAAUAAAGUUUUUUUUAAAAAGCUAUUUAAAUUUACUUGUUGUCUUCUAAAAGCCCAAGAUCUUAUAUAUGCUAUAAAAAACAAAACAAAACAAAACCUCCUAUACCAAAAAUAAUUUCGGGUCCUCAUGAACAUGCCCACAGAAUCUUUCGUUGUUCUUCACAAGGCAUCCAUAACACAGUCCUUUCAGACAUCUGCUCCUAGGAGGUUCCUCCAAGGUGGUGGAAAUAAAUUUUUAUAAGCAAAACCAUAUACAAAGACAAAAGGAAUUUCUGCCCAUUCUAAAUAUACCAUUAGGCCUUGCCAUUUGCUUUAAUGUAGACUCACAUUUAAAAAUGCAGAAUGAACUCAACCUGAAGAGAUUUUCAUUGAUAAUUGAUACGCUUGUUAUUUGGCUACAUAAGAUGAAUUAUAUUCAACCAUUAUAUUCUAGCCUACAUGAUCCCAAUGUCUAGAGAGAUUACUAGACACUGGGAAACGGGAAAAUUACUCUGUUGCUAGUGUGGUCUCAAUGGAGAAUGUUUAUGGUUUCACUUGUGUAAUGAAAAUGUGGUUAAAAUAUGUUAAUCAGAUAAUGUAUAUAUAAGAGGUUAAAGUAUGUAAAGUAUAACUUCAGCCACAUUUUAACACUGUUUAACAAUUUUGCACUUUCUUGUAGGAAGAGAGCUUAUUACAUGAAGAUGACUUGUUUUCUAUUUAAUUUUAUUUUAAAAGCCAUGUCUGUCAAACAGGAAAAAUCACACAGAACCCCAGAUUUCUGCUUCAUCAUUCUGUAUUCUUUAUUCACUUUUUCAAGUUACCUAUUUUGUUGCACAAUGAUUGUUAACUAUUCAUAGAAUAGCAAAAAAUGCCUGUUUAAUAAAGAACUCUGACCAAGGCUGUAAAUGCCAGUUACAUUAUUUUCAGUAUUGUUGGUUAUAUUUAAAUUUUCCUUAUAAUAAAGUACACUUUUAUAAUAAACAAU